AUGUCUUCUACAGAGGAGCUAACAGUUCAAGAGAAGAAUAAGCAAAUCGUUGCAAAGUAUUCAGAGGAAUUUUGGGGGAAAUGCAAUGAGAACAUUGUCGAUGAGCUUUGCUCAGAUGAUUUUGUGUCCAACUAUCCAAUGCACGGCCGCCGCGAAGGAAAGGCCGAAGUAAAGAAGAUGUUGCUUGAGUUCCGAGAAGCGUUCCCAAAUGUCACUUUUCGACCAUAUGGACCAAUUCCCAUGAUAGCUGAGAAAGACUAUGUUGUAACGCGCUGGAUUGGCGGCGGCAAGCAUACAGGUGUUGCAUUUGACGAUCUGCCGGCUGGCCAGCUUACCACACCGAAUACGGGAAAGAGAAUUCACUUUUCUGGUACCACCAUAUUCACGGUUAAAGAUGGCAAGAUUACAGAGGAGCUUGGGGAAGAAGGUGCUUUAACUGCGCUACAACAGCUAGGAAUCAUUGAUCCUCCAAAUCCGGCAAGCGGGGCCUACAAAACAAGUGAGCUGGCUGGCAAUAGAAGCGAACCAAAAGACAAAGGUAGCAACUAA